GACAGAUGCCAUGCAUUCAGAAGCGCGAUAUUGCACGGCAUAUCGGGAGCAGCUUGCCGCAUUUGCGGCCGUUUCUCCCAGUCGUGCACUCUACUCUGGUUCCCACCUGUACGACCUGUGCGAGUUCAUGACUGCAAAGCGAACCCAGUCAUCAGAGCAAGCGGGACUGGUGACGCUCUGUGAUUUUGGAGAAGCCGGUGCUCAAACCACACCGUUGAGCUCCCCGGAGCAGUUCAGGGAUCUCGUGUCGCGAGGCCACUUCGAUGCCACGCCGUCGAGCGUUCUGUUCCUUCAAGGCCGCCCCACGGCCCAGUGGCUCGAGAAUUUGGGCCAAGCAUUCGGGAUCAGCUGCGAGUUCUUCAACAGGCACCUUGAAUACCAGGCCUAUGCUGGCCAGCCAAAUCCAUGCGCGUAUCCGCCGCUGCCAUCGCAAUGUGCGAGCAUGUUGCAGUUUCGCAUCUUCACCGUCAUCAAGUGCAUCGUGGAUGUCCAGGACUCCGAUGAUGGAGAGAAUUUGCGGAAAGCUCGCGCCAAGCAUAGUGAGCAGCUCAAGGCGUACCAGUCGCGCCUGCGACGCCGCGAUGGCUGUCGUGGAGCAUCGUCGGGACAGUCUGUGAUUCGGAACUCGGUUCUCCAUGACUUGCAGACAAUGUCUGUUGAGCAGGUCGUCUCUGCAUAUGUCAAGAGCUUCAACGGCGGCUGGAUCAGUAUCGUAUGGUCUGAUGUCGCCAACGACCUUCACGAAAUCGUGGCCGCUUCUUGGUUUGGAGGCUCUUCGAGAAAGAAUGGUUGUCACAUGCAGACGAUACCUGCGAUUCUUGUACCACCCGACGACCUGAGUGAAGUAACGCCACGGAGCACCGGGAGCCCAUCCCACUCAUCGAACUGCCUAGGACAGAACAUAGCUUCGUUACCCUUUCACUGCGCUCUAGGUCUCGAUCACAAGACUGCGCGCCAUGAUCCCUUCUACGCAUUGUCAGCAUUGUUCUCCAGUGCCUCGGCAUCGCAGCUUCAGUACAUCAAUAUGCUUGCACAAAGCACAGAACAAUACCUACGGAAGGCUAGAUUAGCCGAAGAGUCCGAGAUCUGGAUCGAGAAUCUCCUCAUGAUCCAGAAAUUGAUGCACUCUGUUCAGGGCAACAUGCAAGAGAUCGAAGAUAGUGUACAACAGCAGCAAUGGCUGCCGUGGCCGAGCAUAGACACCGAAGACUUUCGACUGAUCAAGAGAGUGGAUGAAGCCAAGGUCAAGGUCACGACAGAUUACAAGAGUCUCUUGCGGAGGACGGAAAGGAUCGCGGCUCGAUGUGAAUCAGGUCUUCACAACACAAUGAGCAGCUUGUCCAUCGCGGAGUCGAAGAAAGGCAUCGAGCAGGCGGGGCGAGUUGCCCAACUGACACGCCUAGCUUUCGUGUUCGUGCCAUUGUCAUUCACCACUUCUUUCUUUGGCAUGAACUUCCAGCAACUGGCUACGGGCGAUUUGCAGAUUUGGGUCUGGUUUGUCAUCUCCUUGCCGAUAGUCUUGCUCGCCAUGGUAUACAUCAGUCCGCCUGCUAGAAAAAGUUUGCAAAAGUUGCGGAACAAGAUCGGACGGCUAAGAAGCAAAGGGGCUCCAUUUAAGGAAGAUACUGUAGUAUAGCCAACUAGUUUGACCAUGAAGCCGAAGACUGCAGCCU